CGCUUUCAGGAAGCACAUUCACGUCAAAGGCACUCGGUUCUGGUCUGCUCAAUUUGACUAUAACGGCAACUUCCGUUCCAGACUGUAGGCAACUGGAACCUGGUAACCAUUGAAUAUAGUAUAGUUAAGUAAAUUCCAAACGAUUCUCUAGACGAAUAGCAUAACUUCUUAAAAACGCGGGUAUAGUAGGCCUAGCAUACAUAACGGUAUCAAGCAAAUUAUACAUUUAGCGUUUUAGUGACAGAUGUACAAGCAUUGCUUGCGCAACCUCUUGGACUGUGCUAUGGAUGUUUGACGCACACUUCAAUUCUCACGAACGUUUUGAUUGUCCAACUGCGUCUUCUUUUAAUAACAAAACCAUGAGGACCCUCUUCAGAAUCCAAAGCCGCAGUAGAUGGUCCCUUGUCAUUGGGACUGUGUUGUUGUUUGGCGUCCUCAGACUAUUGCGCAUGAACCACACAGACAGGCACUGGAACACUUCUCCCUCUGCCACGCAGUCACAGUCCACUGUGGAUGUUAUCAAGUGCUCCCUGAAUGACGCCGUGAACAACAUUUCAUCCUCUAUUCCACCUACCCACCGUAACUUCCUCAUGUACAAACACUGCAGGACAUUCUCCCGCCUGCUGUCUCCUACACCCUGUCAGAAUGACCUCUUUCUCCUGCUGGCCGUUAAGUCCACAGCCAUCCAGGUUGAUCGCAGGUCUGCACUUCGGAACACAUGGGGGAAGAAGGGAUAUGUUCAGGGUAAAAAUGUGAAACUAUUGUUCCUAGUAGGUAAGUCUUCAGACACAAUACAGGGUUACCCGCUGCAGCAGGUACUGGAGUGGGAGAGCAGACAGUUUGGGGACAUCCUGCAGUGGGAUUUUGAUGACAGUUUUUUCAACCUGACCCUAAAGGAGAUCCACUUCCUCAAAUGGUUCAGCCUGGAGUGCCGCUGGGCACACUAUGUGUUCAAAGGGGACGAUGAUGUUUUUGUUCACACCAGCAAUCUGGUGGAAUAUGUUAAGGACAACAAGCCCUCUGAGCAACUGUAUGCUGGGAACAUCAUGUCUGGCUAUCCAGUCCGGGACAAAGAAAGUAAAUAUUUCAUACCAGUGGAGAUGUACCCCAACAAGCCAUAUCCUCUAUACGCUGGGGGUGGGGGCUACCUGAUGUCAAAUCAGACUGUGCUGAGUCUGGAAGUGGCAGCGUCCAGCAUUGACCUGUUCCCCAUUGAUGAUGUCUUUGUGGGCUUGUGCCUACAGAAGAUGAACAUCACGCUGACACACCACUCUGGCUUCAAGACCUUUGGGCUCAAACAGGGGGUGACACACUUCAACCCCUGCAUUUACAGGGAGCUCAUGGUGGUGCAUAAACUGAAUCCCACAGAGAUGUGGACAAUGUGGUCUCUACAGCAGGACCCAAAGCUGAAAUGCUUUAGAUCAAGGACAUGAGAUAUCUGGCAUUGUGUGUGUAUAUCAUGCUGUGCUUAUCUGUCUCACUGCUGUAAAUUGAGAAUUCUUUUACAUUUACAUUUUAGUCAUUUAGCAGACGCUCUUAUCCAGAGCGACUUACAGUAGUGAAUUCAUACAUUUUAUUUUCAUUUCAUGCAUUUUCUUUUUUUAUAUAUUUUUUUUGUACUGGUCCCCCAUGGGAAUCGAACCUACAACCCUGGCGUUGCACACACCAUGCUCUACCAACUGAGCCACAGGGAAGGAUAAAUUUUCCUUAUGAAUGGUCUAAAAUAGCAUACUUUCCUUUACCCAUACUUAUAUUUGAAAGUAUUGUGACAUUUGGCUUCCCUUAUCCUGUAUGUUCAGAUCUGCACAGACAGUGUAAGAUCCAUUUAAGAAUACUGAGAUGCAUAUAGUGCCAUUUGACACUUCUGAUGAGGACAUUUGUAGAAUGUUUCUAGGAUUCUGUAAGGUUGGAAAGGAGAUAUUGAUGGGAAACUUUAAAAACUGGUAUAGUGGGUUACAGAGGUAUUGAUGGGAAACAUUAAAGCAGGACUGAACUCGAGAACUGACUUCUCUUGCUGAAAACGGCAUAUGUGACAUCGAUAUUAAUCAGAAACCUUUAUUCCAGUACCAAAAUUGACUAAAAAGUGCAAGUAGGUUAAUUUUGGCCAUAAAGACAAUAUCUUCCAAAAUAGAGGCGUAGGCUAUGUAAUAGAAUAAUUGUGGUACAUUAAUACAUAUAUUUCAAUAGCUUCCAAAAUAUUUUUAGAAUGGUGGAGGAGUGCCAAGAUCAGAAUAUGUGAGCGGCCAAAAUCCCACUCAUCGCUCAUCACCACUCCAGCGCUCCAUGUCCUUUCCAACCUCUCCACUAAAAACCGCUGCUGGCUCACAGGAAAAAAAACUGCAGCUCCAAAUUCGCUCCAUUCAUUAAAAUCACAAUUUAACCAACACCCAUCUAUUUUUGUAACUACCUAGACCUAACAUUUGGAUGUAUUGAAAUGAAACCAUAUGAUUUGAAUGAAAAUAUUUUAAUAAACAUUUCAAAUAGGCUACAUGUCGUAUUAAACAGCAUACAAACACUCCUAAAAAGAUCAGGUGCCAGACAGGUUGCCUAAGAAGGAACAAAAAUGAAUGAUUUAGGCUAUUUUAUUUGCCUUUUAUUUCAAGGCUAUAGCCUACAAAUAAAUAAAUUGUGAAGCAUUUGCGAGUGCAACACUCUAGGCUGGCAGGAACAUUAAGCGCCCAGCAUUUAACCUCUCUAGGGGUUGUGGGACGCUACCGUUCCACCUGGCCAACAUCCAGUGAAAUUGCAGAGCGCCAAAUUCAAAAACAGAAAUACUCAUUAUAAAAAUUCAUGAAACAUACAAGUGUUAUACAUCGGUUUAAAGAUUAACUUCUUGUUAAUCCAACCACGGUGUCAGAUUUCAAAAAGACUUUAUGGCGAAAGCAAACCAUGUGAUUAUCUGAGAACAGCGCCCAGCAGACAAAUCAUUACAAACAGUAACCAGCCAAGUAGACGAGUAACAAAAGUCAGAAAUAGCGAUAAAAUGAAUCACUUACCUUUGAUGAUCUUCAUAUGGUUACACUCACAAAACUCCCAGUUACCCAAUAAAUGUUUGUUUUAUUCGAUCAAGUGCCUCUUUAUAUCCAAAAACCUCCGUUUUGUUGGCGCGUUUUGCCUGUCACAACAGACAGACGAAAAAUCCAAAAAGUACCAUAAAAGUUCGUAGAAACAUGUCAAACGAUAUUUAUAAUCAAUCCUCAGCUUGUUUUUGUCACAUACUUUUUUUUUCUUCUCUCAAAGCAGCACACCCAAACAUCAUUCCCCAGUCUGGGCAUGGGUGCAGAGUUGUUUUUUUAGUUUUUUUUCUAUUGGCAGGCCCAAAGGUUUUUAGGCCAAAUAACCAUAUCAAAACGGAAAACUCUGAAAGAGGUAAUAUGUCAGCCCUAUUGGGCCAAAAUCAAUGAUAGCCUGUUGUAUAGAUAAAAGAACAAAGAUGAACAAAACGUUUAAGAGUUCUGAUUUGUUGCUUAUAAUUACUUUGCUACAAUGACACACUUAGCUAGCUACCCACCUCAAUUAUUUCUGUUAGCAUGUGCACAUCCUGUAAUUUGAAAUGUGUUUAAAUGGUUAAUUUCACAUGAGCUCCUGCACAUGUUUUGAAACACAUAAUAAUACAAAAAAGAUUAUCCAUAAAUGCCUUAUUUUUAAUUUAUGUAUUUUCUAUUUUUGUUACAGAUAUUUGACAUUCAAAAAGUUAUCUACAGAAACUCAUAAGCAUCAUACCCUCUGUUUCCAGUAUUUUAUAUGGUCAUUUAAUGAGGCAAACUUUGAAAGGCAAAAAAAAGAGAAUGCUAGCAGAGCAUGUAAGUCAGAGCACAAGCAGGCCAUGCCACGAUGAUGAAGGGAAAAUUGAUGCAAGUAAGCAUCAGUGAUUAAAUGUAUAACUGUUUCCAUUGCCGCCUGACAAGAAAAGACACUUGGGGCUCUAUUCAAUCCGUGUUCAAUGCUACAGCGUGAUUGAAAGUUAAAGGCAAUGUUUCCACAUUAGCGGAGACUACAUUCCCGGUAAACGCUGCAUAACCGGCUCAAUCGUAAAUUACCUUUACAUUUCGGUGGCGCAAUCAGCGACAAGAUAUAUUGGGGGGGACAAAUCAUAUUUUUCCCAGGAUGGGGGGGGGUCGUGUCCCCCCGUCCCCCCCCGGGAUUUCCGCCCCUGUGUAUUAGUGCCCAAAUGUGUCAUUUUCAACCCGUAUAUGGGUACGAGUGUAAAGUUCUACACACAAACAAAUUAUUAUGAACACAUAGCUAAAUGAUUACAAGAAUACAAAGACCAAUGGGAGAGGGAAAUAGGUAGCCUCCUAGUAUUUGCUAGCUGCUAGUAUUUGCAUGUCAAUUAACAGAUAUAAUUAAUCUCACUGUCUAGCUAGCAACUGGCAGUACACCAGCACUUUUGUUUGCUCAACAAAUAAAACAGCAGAAAAUGUACUUUCGUUUUGAAUCAUUAUUCGUGGCCAAAGGUUUAAAUUGAGAAAUACAUUCAAGGAAUGAAAGUUGACACCUAAAAUGUUCGAUGGAGACAUGUUGGCUGGGUGGAUUUGGGAGAAUUGGAAUGGGUAGUUGGGGGUGGAGAUCCACUUCCUUUUGUGUUUCCUUUUCCUGUACAUACUGAAUUUUAUUAUUACUUCAUCUGUAAUAGGAUAAAAAUGAUCAAUUGUAGUUAUGUACCUUUUUUAAAUGUUUUGUGGCACAGGUACAACAAGAAUAUACUGUAUAUGUGUGAAAUAAUGAAUGGAAAAUAUGAUCUAAACGGAAUAUAACAUUUUGAUAUUGUACCUGUAGCCCUCCAAUGAACAAAAAACAAAAAGAAUGUCUGCCACUUAAAUUUCUGAAUACUUUUGAGAGCAAUGAGCAAUAACUGGGUCACUACAUGAAGAGUGCCUUUUCUGUACAUUUUGGUAUUUUAAGUAGAAAUUGUGCACCAAUAUUUAAUUUUAAAAGCCUGUUAUAUUAAACAAGUGUCGUUUAAUGUAGACCACAUGGAAAAUUCAAUACAGUGCAUUCAGAAAGUA